AUGCUGGUACAACUAUCCAUACCAGCCGCUGACCGUGGACAUCCAUUACUACUACGUCUUAGAGCUGUCCUUCUACCUGUCUCUGCUCUUCUCCCAGUUCACCGACAUACGACGGAAGUUUGUGUCAUGUGCACGGCCACAGGGACGAGGCCCCGCCCCCCACGCUCCCCCAGCGCCGACUUCCCCAUCAUGCUGGUGCACCACAUGGCCACCAUCUCGCUCAUCUCCUUCUCCUACGUCAACAACAUGGCCCGAGUGGGAACGCUGGUCAUGUGUCUACACGACGCGGCUGACGUGCUCAUAGAGGCUGCCAAAAUGGCCAACUACGCCAAGUGCCACCUGUUGUGCAACCUUCUGUUCGCCAUGUUCGCCCUGCUCUUCAUCAGCUCCCGACUCGGGGUCUUCCCCAUUUGGAUCCUGAACACCACGCUGCUGGAGAGCUGGGAGAUUGUGGGGCCGUACCCGUCCUGGUGGCUCUUCAACCUGCUCCUGCUCCUGCUGCAGCUGCUCCACUCUUUCUGGUCCUACCUCAUCGUGAGGACGGCCUGCAGAGCCAUCUCCAAAGGGAAGGUGGGGAAAUGGAAUCCGCUACACGUGUCUAAAGACGACCGCAGCGACAUUGAGUCCAGCUCGGAUGAAGACGAAAGCCCUCCUCCGCCGCUGCCUUCAGCCAAUCAGAAGCACCACAGCCACGCCACCAACGGCACCAAUAAGAGCCACUCUACCAACGGCUACCUGACGGGGGCGCUAUAUCCCGAUGAACACUGA